UAUUAAUUCUCCAUUCCCCAAUCUCUCUCCUUUUCUCAAAGCUUUCCCCCCUUUAAAAUUUGUUUUGUUUAAUAAAACAAAAAAAUUCGCGCUUUCUCUCUCCUCGAGUUCCGCCAUUUUUGAAUUUCCUCGAGCUCCGCCAUUUUUUCUACAGAACCUCUCUGCUUGGAAGUCGAAAAUUUUGGAAUCUUUUGUUGAUACAAAAUUCGAAAUCGUUAUAGUGAUUGAUCUUCGAAGUUCGACCUAAUUUCAUCAAUUUUUCGGGGUUGUUGAAAGCUGCAGGGAACCCUGCAAUAGAAACACAAAAAGAGGUCCUGCGUUCACUUUAAAAUGCUCUACAGCUGAGCCAAGAAUUCACGUGGUUUAUUUAUCGCUAUUUUGAAAGCAUUUGUGGUGAUUGUGCAUCCUCAAAGGCAAAAAAUAAAUUUCCACUGUUUUUUCAGAUGGAUUCUGUUAAGCGACCAGCAACAACCCCAAGUAAGAGUCGGAUUGCUCGAGCAAUCUCCAAAGUUCUCCAUGUUCGUGCAAUCACUGGUAUUACUCCAUCUGAUGGAUUGCAGAAGGUGAAAACGAAAGACAGAAUCCAGGGUGUAAAACCACAAGACAAGAUAAAGGAGAUGAAGCCGCAUGAAAAAACUCGAUCAUCGAAGCCUCAAGAUAAAGUUAAGGCUGAUUUUGUUCAUGUUCAUUGCAAGUUGGGUGAGAAAGAAGAUGAAGAAAUUGCAAAUAGGCUUGCCCGCAAAUCUGUUCUUGGUAAAAUAUUUGCCAGUAUUUCGAGUAUCAAAGCUGCAUACGCACGGUUACAAUUUGCACAGUCUCCGUAUGAUGCAGAAGCAAUCCAAUCGUCUGAUGAGAUGGUGGUAUCGGAGUUGAAAACUUUGGCGGAGGUGAAACGAUGUUUUUUGAAGAAACAGUUUGAUUCAUUUCCUGAGAAGAGUUUACUUACAUAUGACUUGCAAGAGCAGAAGAAUAUGGUUAAAACAUAUGAAAUAACAGGGAAGAAAUUGGAAUAUGAGGUUAAGCUGAAAGAGUCGGAAAUCACAUUCCUGAAGGAGAAACUAGAGGAAUGCAAGAAAGAGAAUUGGUUACUCGAAAAACGAUUGAAUGCUAGUGGCUCACUCUCUGUUCUCGACAACCUUCAUAUGUCGGGUCUAAGUCCUCACCAUUUCGUUCCUGUUCUUCGGCAUACUGUAAGAUCCAUUCGAACUUUCGUAAAGCUAAUGGUCAAGGAAAUGCAGUCUGUUGGGUGGAAUUUAGAGGCUGCAGCCAAUGUUAUCCAUCCUGGUGUUUCGUACUGUAAGCAAGAGCAUAUAUGCUUCGCAUUCGAGUCAUACGUAAGUAAAGAAAUGUUCGAUAGUUUCCACAUUCCCAACUUUGUGCUUACUAAUGAAUCUUUACCCGAACACAAGCAUUGUCGAAGGCUGUUUUUUGAGAGAUUCACAGAACUAAAGUCUGUUAAAGCAAAAGAUUAUCUGUGCCAGAAACCGAAAUCAACAUUUGGGAAGUUCUGCCGAGCCAAAUACUUGAGGCUAGUGCACCCAAAAAUGGAGUCAUCCUUCUUUGGAGAUCUAACCCAAAGAAACCUUGUGAAGUCUGGUGAGUACCCAGAAACUACUUUCUUCAGCACAUUUGCAGAAAUGUCAAAGAGAGUAUGGCUCCUACAUUGCUUAGCAUACUCUUUCGAUCCAGUCGCUACGAUAUUUCAGUUCAAGAAAAUGUGUCGAUUUUCCGAUGUAUACAUGGAUAGCGUCUCUGAUGAGGCGUUCUUACCAGAGACAGAACCAUGUCUAGCAUUCACAGUAAUUCCUGGGUUCAAGAUUGGUAAAACCAUAAUCCAAUCACAGGUAUACCUCUCUAAAGCAUAACCCACCAUGAUGAAUAUUCUGUGAUUUGAUCAGAUGGUGUAGAUUAGAUAGGGAAUGUGGGUUAGGCCCACAAUUGAUCUGGAAAGCCAUUGUUGAAUCAUGAAUGAUCUUUGUUGGGUGAUUGUGCCUCAAUUAUCGAAAAAAGAAAAGUUUAAGUGGGGACUGGAACUGUCGUGCAACAUAGUUAAUACUUAAUUGGGUCAUAUUGUCCCUAAAUCUUGGCUUUUUAUUGUUUGAAUGCAAAAAUGCAUGAAUCGUUGGUGCCCAUAAAAGAGAAUGUGGGAUUAGUUUAAGAUUUACCAUAUUGCCCAAUUUUUGUUGAUACCCAACCCUGACUUUGUACGAGAUAUUGGACUGAUGUCCAUAAUCAUAUUCGCAUUAAGUAGAACAUAUUAAUUGUUAUGAAUUUGUAUAUGAAAUACAUUUUAGGAGUUUGUUU